CAUACGUCACAAAACACGACAAGAAAACCUGGACACCAACAUUAAACUAAUAACAAAAAAAAUAAAAGAAUCCUAAAUUCGAUCUGAUAAUACGUCUAUUAUAUUAUAUCCCAGGCAAGAAGUUACUGCUAUAGUACUAUAGUAGUAUAAUCUUGGGAGUUUGGUGGUGGUGGUGGUGGUGCUGUGGUGGUGGGCUGGUAAAUCGAGCUUCACCGUUUGUAUACCGUAUGGUUUUUUGCUUUCCGGAUGCAGAGAAGGACGCAGGAAGGAAGCCAGGAAGCCGUGGUUUUAGGCCGUUGAAACAGUAUAGAAUAUUGAAUUCUGGUCUAGUCUAGUCUACUAGUACCAGGCAGCAAGGCCGAGAAGAUAGGAGUAAGUAAUUACAAGCCAAAAGGAGGAAGAAAGAGAAAGCCAGAGUAAAUUCGUUGUGCGGUUUGAAGAAAGGAGACAUGCCCGACUCCAUCACAACAGCAGCAACAACAUCUUCAAUCUUUACCAAAUCCCAAAGAAUGCAGGACUUGCUGAAGGGGGAUGAUCUUAACAAUGCUCGCAUGAUGGCCCCAUGUGUUGAUGAUAGCCAGUCUUGGUGGACUUCUACUAACUCACAAGGGCAACAGUCAUCUCUGUCAAGAAAUUUAACUUUUAAAGCAGCAUCUCCAGUGGAAUGCUUUCAGGGUAAUAAGCAGUUGGGUUUUCACUUUCAAGAUCAAGAAUCGUCUUCCACUCAGUCAACUGGUCAAUCUUGCCCGGAAGUUGCUAGUAUGGAAAAUGAAAAAUACAGAAAAAAUAUUACAUCGGUUCAGCCAGGCUGGUGUGGAUUGCAUGCAAAGCCUGAAGAGGACCCAAGUAAAUCAAGUGUUUUAUUUCAGGAUUACAUUUUUCCUUGUUCAUCAAUUGAUUACAGGCAACAUGCAACCUAUCCUUUUAAUUACACUGAUCCAUACAAUCAUGGGCUAGUUGCUGCUUAUGGCCCUCAUUCUGUGGUACAUUCCCAAAUGAUGGGCAUGACACCUAUUCGUGUGCCGCUUCCUCUCGAUGCUGCACAAGAUGAGCCUAUAUUUGUGAAUGCAAAGCAGUUCAAAGCAAUUAUGAGGCGUAGAGAAUCGCGUGCCAAGCAAGAGGCUCAAAACAAACUGUCAAAAAAUCGAAAGCCUUAUCUCCACGAGUCUCGGCAUCGUCAUGCUUUAAAUAGAGCAAGAGGUUCUGGCGGUCGUUUUCUGAAUACAAAGGAACUGCAGGAGUCCAAGGCCGUUGCCAAGACCAAUGACAAAGAAACCUCCGGUUCCUUGCAGCUCCAGUUGAACAUGGAAACAACGGAACCUGAAGUUUGUCAGACAGGAAAUAAAAAGGAUGGGAUCUCCAUCACUGCCUGCUCGGACAUCACAAGUGCUUCAAAUGGUGAUGAUGCCCUCCAGCGUCAAGACUUCAGGUUCUCUGGGUAUCGACCUCAUGUUGGUAGUUUCGUAGCCAGUGGUGGGAGUGGUAGAACUGGUGGCGUUCAGCAGUUCCUCUCAAUCCGCUGAUGAGAUUGGGGAGUCAAACUUACAGCUGUCCAUGACUCGGCACUUCUCUGAGGAUAUGGCUGCUGGUAAAAGUGGGAAGU